AUGGAUGAUCUAUCCUUAUUUUCAAUCUCCAACGGGAAACAUUAUUCAAAUGAUAACGAUAGUGAAAUAUUCGAUGAAGAAGAAAAUGAGCAACCUUUAAAUGAAAUUCAAUUACCACCACAGCAGCAUAAAACAAUACAAAAUGAACGUGGCGGUCGACGAAAAGGUGUUCCACGUCGUUUGCAAUUAUCGCCUGAAAUAAUUAAACUACCAACUCAACGACUUUUACCGUUAACAUUACCAAAAACAUCAACAGCAAGUGUUCAUCAUCACGAACAACCAAUAUUAACGUCGGAUCAAGAAGAUGAAAAUGACAUUGAAGGUGUCUAUCAUCAAAAUCAAAUUGAACAAAAUUAUUUACAAUUAAAUUUAUCGUCAAAACAUUUUGUUGAUAAUAAUAAUAACAAUCAGUUGGAAGAAAGUGAAGAUAUUUUAGAAGUUGUCGAUGAUAUUUUAGCUGAUAUAGUAACAAUUAUUGUUAAAGAUAUAAAAGAACAAAGGAGAAGACCAAUGAUUAAAACGAACGGACAUUCACAUCCUAAAAAACCAAUGAAUACCAUUCCAAAAAUGACUAAUGGAAAACAUAAUACAAACGGUCUUAGCAAUAAAUCAAAACUAUCGGCAUCAGCUUUGAAAUUCUCUGAUCGUACAAAGAUAUUAAAUGAUUUAACUAAAGCAAUGCCAUCGAAUGCUCAACAACAAUUAGCUAAACAUAAACUUUCUCCUUCAUCAUCAUCAUUUUCGUCUCCAUCAACAAUUAAACGACAAAAAACAUCUGAAAUUUCAUCACAAUCGACAGCAUCUUUAUCCAUGCAACAACAACUAUUAUGGGAAAUGACACAACAAUUAAUGAUGUCAUCGUCAUCAAAUGAAGCAGAUAGUCUCGCAGCAGUGAAUUCAUCAUUACUUAAACAACAAUUACUUGGUUUAACACAAUCUGCUGCAAUACCUAAACGAUCAAAUCGCCCAUCGAAACCAGAAGUUCAAUCACCAGGAAUGUCUGCAAAUGCAAACGUAGCUCCACAUACAUCUCAUAAUUCGACGAGUCCUUCGAUUUUUGAACGGGGAAAUUUUGCUCCAAGACGACGUGGACGACCGCCUAAAUAUGUUACUGAUCGAGGACUGGCUGGUCUUUCUUCGCUUGAUCUCGAUUCAUUAACAUCACCUUAUGAUCAACUUUUUGCAGCUAUCGAAAAUGGAAUGGGUGCAAAUACUGGAACCUCAUCAGCAGCAACAUUUCAAUCUGCUCUCGCGUCUAUGCUUGGGCAACAAGCAGGGCUAUCAAUACCACCACCACCACCACCUGUAUCGAGAAAUGGAGCUCCAGCUUCAUUGGUUAAAAACAGUGGCGGUCAAACUCGGCAUAGUCUACCGGCUCAAUCAAUGAGUAGUGCUUCAAAAAUACCUGUUGACAUCGGGGGUAUUGGAUUAGAUAUGCCAAUGAUGGCAGCAAAAAAACGUGGUCCGGGACGACCACCAAAAAGUCAAAUAUUAUUUGAUUCUCAUCAAAUUUUACAAGCUACACAACGACUAAAUUCACCAACACAUUCUAAUAAUUAUCCACCAACGAUGGUUCCAUCAUCACCAACUUCGUUUGAUUUGAAUGCUGCUUUUGUUGAAAUGUUACAGCAACAACAACAUUGA